AUGUCAGGAUACCCAGGAAAUUACCAGCCUCAGCCUCCCUACGGAGCUCCUCCUCCAGCUUACCCGGUCUACCCCCAACAUGGCCCACCCUCAGGCUAUCCUCCUCAACCGGGCCACUAUGCCCCUCCAGCUCACGCCCCUGGAUAUCCUGCAGCCUACCCCCCACCCCAGCAUUACCCUCCACCAGGGGCACCUGCUCCCUAUGGAGCUCCUCCCCCAGGUGGUGCAUACCCACCCCCGGCUGCCUCACCUUAUGGCGCACCGCCUCCAGCUGCCCACCCUCCCUACGGCGCACCUCCAGCUGCUCACCCUCCUUACGGCGCACCUCCAGCUGCUCAUCCUCCCUACGGCGCACCUCAAAUUGCCCACUCUCCUUACGGAGCACCCCCAAUUGCUCACUCGUCGCCCUACCCCCAGCCUGCGUACCGUCCUCCUGCUGCUGCUCCUCCUCCAAUCACCCAUAUUCCUCAGUAUAUGAUGACCCCUGCCAACGUGGCUCCGCCUCCUCAGGGCUGGCAUAUGGUCCAGAACCCAAAUAUCCCCGCACCCACUAACUUCCAGCUCUCCAACUGUACCGGUCGUAAGCGCGCGCUCUUGAUCGGUGUUAACUACUUCGGCCAAAAGGCCGAGCUCCGUGGUUGUAUCAAUGAUGUUCGCAACAUCAAGGCGUUCAUCCGCAGGUUUGGGUUCCGCGAAGAGGAUACAGUAACAUUGACGGACGAUCAGGCAGAUCCAACAAGGAUCCCCACAAAGGCCAACAUACUCUCCGGAAUGCAGUGGCUCGUUCGGGAUGCACGACCAAACGACUCGUUCUUCUUGCAUUUCAGCGGACACGGUGGUCAGACAGCCGAUCUCGACGGCGACGAGGACGAUGGAUACGACAAUACCAUUUACCCGGUUGACCACACAAGAGCGGGUGUUAUUGUUGACGAUCUCAUGCACGAUAUCAUGGUCAAGCCCCUCCCUGCAGGAUGUCGUCUUACUGCGAUUAUGGACUGCUGUCAUUCGGGAUCGGCCCUGGAUCUACCAUUCACUUACAGUACCACGGGACAGCUCAAGGACCAGAAUAUCUUGCAGGGCGUUGGAAGUGGUAUUAAGGGCGCUGGAAUGUCCUACCUCAGAGGAGAUCUUGGUGGAGUGAUGAACAGUCUUGGAGGCAUCGGCAAGAAAAUUGGUCGGCCUAAUGACCGUCAGCGUAUUAUCCAGACAAAAUCUAGUCCCUCGGACUGUAUCAUGUUCAGUGGAUGCAAGGAUAACCAGACAUCGGCUGAUGCGAAAGAAGCUGGCUUUGGUAUGACAGGAGCCAUGACCUUCUCCUUCAUCACAGCUUUAACGGCGAACCCUCGUCAGUCAUAUCUCCAGUUGCUCAACAGCAUUCGUGAUGUCCUGCGCGCAAAGUACGAGCAAAAGCCUCAGCUCAGCUCCAGUCACCCUGUCGAUCUCAACUUGAUCUUCACCAUGUAA